AUUUAUUCAUCAACCUUGACAAGACUUUGAUUUCAUCAACACUUUCAUCAUGAAACUUGAAGUCAAAAGACGAGUAUCAAAAAAGCAGCAAAGAAAGAGUCAACAGGAUGGUGACGAAUUCGAAUCCAGUUUGCGUGAGGAUAUGGAUGAAUAUGGUGUGCGUGCUGCUUUGAAACCUGAAGACCAACUUCAGUUGUCCGAGCAGGUUUGAUUAAUUCACAAUUAUACGUUUGUAGGAGCUGAAGGAAGAGAUAACUAGGGUUCUGACUUCCACCAAUCCUCAUGCUCCUCAAAACAUUGUGAGGUAUAAUUUUAAAGAUGGUCAGUAUAUACAAAUACCUCAAGUAGAUCAAAUGGCUAUCCACUUUUGGCAUGAAAGUUAUAUGCUUCCCUUUGAUUCCGAUGAAGCUAGAAGACAAAUAGCUAGAGAUGGUACUAUGCAGCCUGAAGAGUUACAGUUAGAAGAACAUAUCAAAGAGCCUGCAGCUGCUGUGAAAGAGAGUGAUCUUCAAUUACCUCAUCAAAAGAAAGUCACUAAUCAGUUCAACUUUUGUGAGAGGUCUACACAAACAUACAAUAACCCUCAGCGGGAUAGAGGAAACAUUACAGAGCUUCCUCCGAGGGCGAACUUUUCAGCUAAUGUUACACAGUGGGGCAUUUAUGACGACUACAUAGAAGAUUUUGAAAGACAGCAGGAGAAAAACAAAGAUAAGAAGUUGUUAGGUGUGAGUCACAAGCAAGAAAAUAAAACGCACAAAAAGGUUAUUUCCGGAGAUACUCAGGGAGAUGAAUUAAGUCGGUUUGCACAACCCCUUAAAAUCGUUGAACGUAUGAUCAACCAGAACACACAUGACGAGAUCGCUCAAGAUUUCAAGUACUAUGAAGACCCUUCGGACGAGUUUAGAGACAACCAGGGUACCUUAUUACCCCUAUGGUCAUUUUCUUUUGAAAAAGCAAGAAAACUUGCUGUAACAUCUUUGUGCUGGUCAUCCCAAUACAGUGAUCUUUUCGCAGUUGGUCAUGGGUCAUAUGAUUUUUUGAAACAGUCCAACGGCCUUAUUUGUGCAUAUACACUAAAAAAUCCAAGUUACCCAGAAUAUUAUCUUGAGACAGAAUCAGGUGUACUUUCAUUGGACUUGCAUCCAUCACUGCCCUAUAUGCUUUGUGUUGGAUUUUAUGAUGGAGCAGUUGGAGUUUAUAGUAUUUUACAGCAUAAAAAUGGACCAUUAUAUUUAAGUACAGCAAGAACUGGUAAACAUACAGAUCCUGUAUGGGAAGUUCGCUGGCAACCGAAUGAUUUAGAUGCAAAUUUAAAUUUCUUUUCUAUUAGUGCAGAUGGGCGAGUUACAUCAUGGACACUGAUUAAAAAUGAUAUAGGUAAAUUUGAUGCAGUGAUAUUAAAGAUGAUAGCGAAUUCUAAAGAAAGCAUUGAACAAUCUCGAUUAAUUACUCUAGAUUGUGGUACAGCAUUCGAUUUUCAUCGUACUCAGAAUCAUAUAUUCCUUGUAGCGACAGAAGAGGGAAUGGUGUAUAAAUGUAGCAAAGCAUAUACAUCUCAAUAUCUAGCUACUUAUGAAGCUCAUCAUAUGGCUGUUUAUCGUGUAGCUUGGAAUUUGUUUCAUCCUGAUAUAUUUAUUACAUGUUCAGCCGACUGGACAGUUAAAAUAUGGGAUCAUACAAAAAGUACUCCAAUGUUUACCUUUGAUUUAGGCUCACCAGUGGGUGAUGUUGCAUGGGCACCUUAUUCAUCUACUGUAUUUGCAGCAGUUACAGCUGAUGGGCGUGUACAUGUUUAUGAUAUUUCAAUUAACAAAUAUGAACCAUUAUGUAAUCAAUUAGUAGUAACAAAAAAGAAUACAAAAUUAACACAUAUUGCAUUUAAUCCCAAGUAUAAUAUAAUUAUUGUUGGUGAUGAUCAUGGUCAAGUGAAUAGUUUGAAGCUGUCACCAAAUCUACGCAAGUUACCAAAGGAAAAGAAAGGUGCUGAACAAGUUAAAGGACCAGAAGUUGAAAUUAAAAAGUUGGAUAAAAUCUUAUCUUUGGCUGGUUGAAAUAGUCAAUAAAGGAAGAAUAAUAAUAAGUGUUUGAAAAAAACCCAAUAUUUCUCACGUAACAAAUUGAAUUCAUAAACUUAGUGGAAAAUAAUAGCCUGAAUUAUUUACUGAUAUAUCAUAAAUUUACUUUGUACACAGAACUUCAGUUGAUUUAUUUAUGUUACACUUCAAUGGCGGGCGAGUAUAGCUUGCAGAAUAUUAUAUCGAUUUGCUAAAUAAUCACUUUGUAAUGAGUCUAUACAUGAAGCAUUGAAUGACCUUGGUCCAAAUCUAUAAUAAAUUGAUUUUUAC